UUCUUCCUUCUUCUUUCUCUCUUCACACAAUCACACCUGCAAAAUUCAAUACUAUAUAUAUAAAUUCGCAUUAAUUCUUCUUCACGUAUCUUAUAUUCUUUCAUUCUUCUGCUGUAUAUAGCUGACAAAACUACACAUCGUCUCUUAAUUCUACAUAUUUUGAUCCAUUUGCAACUUAUUUGAAGAACUCGAGCAGAAUUAGGGUUUCAACUAGUCAAUUGUGGCAUCACAGGCAUUUGACAUUGAUUUAUUAGUCAACAUAGAGAAUUUUACGAUGACCAUGUUCAGUUGUUGUUUUGGGAAGCGAGCUUCCCAAACAGGCGGUGGUAAUAGAGGAAACAACCUGGGAAACAACAUGGAUGUUAGUAUAGAACUUUUGGAUGUUGAGAAUAUGAGAGCGUAUACAUACAAAGAUUUGCGAGUUGCUACGCAAGAUUUUAGUCCAGAAAAUAAGAUAGGGCAGGGGGGUUUUGGUUCCGUUUACAAGGGGACGCUAAAAGACGGCUUAUUAGUUGCUAUAAAAGUUCUCUCAGCCAGUUCAAGUCAGGGCUUGAAGGAAUUCUUGACCGAAAUAACUGUUAUUUCCGAUAUACAACACGAAAACCUAGUAAAACUGCACGGUUAUUGUGUGGAUGGAGAUCAUAGAAUCUUGGUCUACGGUUACCUUAAAAACGGUAGUCUAGAUCGUACCCUACUAGGAAGUGGUCAUUGUAGCAUUGAUUUCACAUGGGAAAUUAGAAAGAAGAUAUGCAUAGGUGUUGCAAAGGGGCUUGCUUAUCUUCAUGAGGAAGUGCAGCCUCAUGUUAUUCAUAGGGAUAUUAAGGCGAGUAAUAUUUUGCUUGAUGAAGAUUUUACACCGAAGAUUUCGGAUUUUGGUCUAGCGAAGCUUUUCCCAUCGCAUUUGACGCAUAUUAGCACGCGUAUUGCCGGAACUCAAGGCUAUUUGGCCCCAGAGUAUGCAAUGAGAGGCCAGUUGACUAGAAAAGCCGACAUCUACAGUUUCGGUGUUUUGCUUUUGGAGAUUGUUUGUGGAAGACCGAACCAAAACCGAUGGUUACCUGUUGAUGAACAAUAUCUGCUAGAAAGGGUAUGGCAGCAAUAUCGGGAAGGGGAGUUGGAAAGCUUGGUGGAUACUUUAAUGAAAGACGUUGAUAUGUAUGAAGCGUGUCGAUACUUAAAAAUCGGUCUUCUUUGCGCCCAAAGUCUACCCAAAAGCCGACCAUCCAUGUCAAAUGUCUUGAAAAUGUUAAACGAUGAACUUGAUAUUAGUGAAAAGGAUUUAGCCGACCCCGGACUAUUGUCUGAGUUAAUGGAUUAUAAAACCGGGAAAAACAACACUUCAGGUACAUCGUCUAGUGGCUCGGGAAAUCAUGAUGAUUCGAGGUCCUACGGAAACAUGACAACAUCGAAUGCUAAUAUGACCUUCACAACAAUCACUGAAAGAUGAUUGUAAAAGUAGGUUGAUAUUAAAUUAAAGUAUUGUAUAUAUAUAUAUAUAGAAAAUGCAAACAUCAGUGUUGGCAUUUUAUUAUUUUGUUUCAUUCAAGAUUUUUGGUUGUAAACGUUUAGAUAAUUUUUUCAGAGAGUUGUGAUGUUUCCAUUUA